AUGUGGAAAUUGGUAAGAGCACCAUCACAGCCAGUGGUUGUGUCUAUACCAAUAUUGCAUUAUGAUGAUACUGAAUCUGCAAAAGCAUCAAGACGGCAACUCAAGGAAGCUAUAUAUACAGCACUAUUUAACAUGAAUGUUCCUGCUGUUUGUGCAAUUAAUCAGGCAACUUUAGCUUUGUAUGCUGCUAGAAGAACUUCAGGAAUUGUUGUAAAUAUUGGGUUUCAAGUCACAUUAGUUGUUCCAAUUUUAAAUGGUAAAGUAAUGCGCAAAGUGGGUGUGGAGGUUGUGGGACUGGGAGCACUAAAACUUACCGGGUUUCUUAAGGAGUUGAUGCAGCAGAAAAAUAUUAGUUUUGAAUCGCUGUACACCGUUCGCACUUUGAAAGAGAAUCUCUGUUAUGUUGCCUAUGAUUAUGAGGCUGAGCUACUCAAAGAUACACGAGCAUCAUCUGACGCAGCAGGAGAAGGUCAGUUCACUCUUUCAAAAGAGCGGUUUCAAACAGGAGAAAUCUUAUUCCAGCCACGAAUGGCAGGAGUGUAAGUUCUGGAACUUAUAAUAUUUAUUGCUUCACGAGCACUGUCAGGAAAGUUCCAACUGUGUGGAUGCAUGUGAGUGUGUGUGUGUGCU